AUGGCUCCCCACGCUGAGGUUGAAGCUGUCACCGACACAUCUUCUGUGGUCCUUUCCGAUCCUGUUCUGACCAAGAGUGAAACUCACCCAAGAUUCACCGUCGAUCAUGUAUUACCACAUCGGCAACAAUCUCAACCGCCAUCCACCGCCGUUGCUGCCUUUGCCAAUGCCACUAUGUUCAAAAGCAAAGGCUGCCUUAAAAAGCCGAAAGCGAAAAGAUUUGACCAUCGUCUUACUACCGAAAGCAAGAGCAGACAACCGUCUUCUUUGAAAGGCGCAAUGAAAUACUUUCGACCCGAAACGAUUAGCCUUUGCGGGGGAUUACCUUCCAGUGACUACUUUCCCUUUGAGCAAAUCAGUGCCAAACUACCCUUACCACCUCAAUUUUCCGAGGUUGACACCGCCAUAUCCGGGGAAAUUUUCUCCUCUGGCAAGCAUGACGCGAGGGAUGGAAAAUCCCUAUUCGAUCUCUCCAUUGCUCUCAAUUAUGGUCAGUCCAUGGGCCCAGGGGCCCUGCUUCGAUUCAUUACAGAACACACCGAAAUCGUUCAUAAUCCACCGUAUUCCGACUGGGAGAUCUGUCUGUCAACUGGGAGCACCUCUGCUCUGGAAAUCUCACUCCGCAUGUUCGCCGAACGAGGCCACUAUGUCAUCACGGAGGAGUAUACCUUCAGCAGUGCCAUUGAGACAGUCACUCCUCUCGGUUGCAAAAUGCUCGGCAUCAAGAUGGAUGCUGAUGGGAUGCUUCCGGAUGAUUUGGAUCGUGUUCUUUCCACCUGGGAUGAAUCUGCACGGAGGGCACCAAAACCGUUUCUGGUCUACACUGUACCAACUGGACAGAACCCCACAGCCAGUACGCAACCGGUUCAACGAAGAAAAGAUCUCUACGCAGUCGCCGAAAAACACGACUUGUUCAUCCUCGAAGACGAACCCUAUUACUUCCUACAAAUGGAGCCAUACGUCUCUGGCCAAACACACAACGUAUCAAAGCCAUUCAAACCCGUCCCAGUGGCGGAUUUUCUCUCCCACCUCGCCCCCUCUUACCUCUCUCUCGAUACCUCGGGUCGAGUUCUCCGCCUAGACUCGUUCUCCAAGAUCAUUGCUCCAGGAAGCCGCUGCGGCUGGGUCACCGGAUCACCACAAGUCAUUGAACGCUUCAUCCGCCACAACGAGGUCAGCGCCCAAAACCCCGCCGGCUUUACCAUGACUGUUCUCUACAACCUUCUGGAGGAGAAUUGGGGUCACAAGGGCUUUCUAGAGUGGCUUAUGUACGUCCGUGCAGAGUACACCCGGAGACGAGAUAUCAUAGUCAAUGCGUGUGAAUCGCAUCUGCCCAGCGAAGUCGCAAGCUGGGUCCCGCCUAAGGCCGGUAUGUUCCACUGGAUCAAGGUGGACAUGACCAAACAUCCACUCUACCAAGCACAAUCUAAAUCCAAAGGAAUCGAUUACGCCACACUUUUGGAGAUUGAGGAUUCGGUUUUCCUAUCGGCAGUCGAUCAAGGCGUCUUGUGCGCCAAAGGGUCCUGGUUCAGAGCCCAGAGGGGCAGUGACACCGAACUAUUUUUCCGGACGACCUUUGCCGCUGCGCCGGCGGAGAAAAUCAUCGAGGCCAUUAGAAAAUUGGGUGUGGCCAUGAGAACGGAGUUUGGAUUAGGAAAAACUCAAAAUGGACAUGCAAAGUGA